AUGUUUUACCUGGAUUCAGAUAAUGGAUUACAGAAGGAAGAAAGUGCUGAUUCGGAGCUGAAAAGUACUAUACAGGGUGAUCGAAUUAUGUUUCACCAUUUACCUGCGUACAAAUUUGACCAAAAAUUAAAGGAAGGUGUAUCAAAUAAUAUAUAUAGCACAUAUUAUAAUGGAAUAUAUUAUUUGCAAAAUCAAUAUGCAUGGGUUACUGAUAUAUUCAACAAACUCAGUAGAAAUAUACGGUUGGUGCAGGGGAGUUAUGUUGAGGGAGACGAUUUCAAUAAGAAGCGGUGCUAUGAUUUAAAUUUUUGGUUAUAUGAUGAAGUAUAUAAAAAUUUGCAAUCGUCAAAGCAAAAUAGUGAGAAUAUGGGUAAUAUUAUUGACAAGGUUCAGGAAGUUUGGAAAAAUAUUGUUUAUAAUCAGUUUUAUAAUGAAGAAUACAAAUGCUAUCCGGAUAAAGAAUUACUGCUUAACAUUGGUUAUCUGCAAGAAAUUAAGGAUUUAUUUGAUUUCUUUGAAGAUUAUAAUCAAAUGAAAAAGGAGAUUAUCGCCAAUACGUAUAAAGCAUGCUUUAAAUAUGUUGACUACCUAAAACAAAGAAUUCCAGUAUAUUAUGCUUGGAGAGACUCAUGUAAAGUUGAUGGAUAUGCUUGUAAAAGAUAUAUUGAUGAUUAUAUGAAAUAUCGUCCAUCAAGUGUAGCAAAUGAGUUGAGCUACUUUAGUGUUAUUCUAACAUAUUAUGGAAAUGAGUGUUAUUCAAAGGUUUAUGAUAUAUUUGUAGACGCAAAAGAAAGGCCUAAACGCAAUGAUGGAAUAUAUAAGCAAAAAAUGGAAGAUAUGAAAAAAGCAAAAUCUAGAGAAAAUUUACUCAACACUAGGCUAGGAGAUUGGUUACGUGGAAGUAAAUAUUACAUUCCGGGUGAUAACGGUGAUUAUUAUUAUCAACUAAGGUUUGUUAGAUUGCGCAUGUUCAGAGAAAAGUUCUUGCCACCUAUUCUUGCUAUGUUGGGUGCAUUCUUGAUAUUUUAUGCCCUCUAUAAGGUAAAAAAUAACUUUUAUAUAGUAAUGGAUAUUUUGCUUUAG